AUGUCGUCCUACAUCCCAGGACAACCAGUCACUGCUGUCGUGCAAAAGAUUGAAAUUCAGAAGUUGCGCCAGGGAGACCGCCUCAUCCUGGGCUUCAGCAUUGGAGGAGGCAUUGACCAGGACCCAAGCCAGAACCCCUACUCCGAGGACAAGUCGGACAAGGGCAUCUAUGUGACGAGAGUGGCACCAGGAGGACCUGCAGAUGUUGCUGGUUUGAGAGUGGGGGACAAAAUUAUGCAGGUUAAUGGUUGGGACAUGACCAUGAUAAAACACUACCAUGCGCUUAAAAAAUUAACCAAAUCGAAUGAAGUCGUCGUUCGGCUACUGGUAACCAGGAAGUCCCUAGAGCAGGUUGUUCGAGGAGCGAUGGGCUUUCACAAAGAGGAGCACUAA